UAUGGCUGCUAAAUUUAUUUUUUUGGUAUUGAUUGCGGCCAUGUGGUUAUUCGCAACCGUGGACUGUAAUCCGCAAGGCGGCUUCGGUGGACAAGGUGGUGGAUUUGGGGGACAAGGAGGAGGAUUUGGAAGACAAGGAGGCGGAUUCGGAGGACAGAGUGGUGGAUUUGGAGGACCAGGAGGUGGACAAAGUGGUGGUUUUGGAGGACAAAGUGGUGGACAAAGAGGCGGAUUUGGAGGGGGACAAAGUGGUGGUUUUGGAAGACAAGGCGGCGGUUUCGGAGGACAAGGAGGUGGUUUUGGAGGUCGUGGAGGUGGAUUUUAAGCGGAAUAUGGAUUACGAAUUGUAUUAAUCAACAAGAAGAAGUGUGGAUAAAACAAUGAAACCUUAUUAAAUAUUUUUACGACCAA